UAAUACACGAUUUCCAACGUACAAGAAAACUCUUCCCUCCUUAUUGACUCAGUUUUCUCUAAGCGGAUUCUUCUCUGCAACAGCUUGAUUCGAUUACGGAAAUCCAGUUCUUAUUUAAACUGUAAUCUAGGAAUUCGAACUCUAUUCAAUUUGGAUCGUUUCCUGAUAUUCGAUCAAGCUUCAAAGAGAGAAAAGAAGGGUUUAAUUUUAGGUUAAAUGGCUGUAGCAUUAACACACCUUUCUAGGUGGUUAUGGAGUGGGAAACAUAAAGAGCCUAAGAUCUCUAAGACGGUUUCUUCUUCUUCAUCAUCACCAUCUACAUCAAAUAUUCAAUCAGAUUCAUCAUCGUCUUCUAAUCGGAGGAAUAUGAAGGGAAGAAAAUGGAGAAGUGGCGAUGAAGAAGAAGAAGAAGGAGAAAUCGAUAAGGAAUACGUUCUGGUUCAGGUUCAAUCUGAUUGUUGUGAAUCGGAUGAUUUGGAUUGGUCGAUCGGAUGGUUGGAGCAACACGGAUCGGAAUUUCAAGGCGAAGUUGAUUCGGAGAAUAGUUUUGCAGUGUUGGUUCCUUGUUAUGGACGUGGAUACAUGAACAUUCAUGGAGGAGGAAACCAAUCUUCAACAGAAGGAAACUCGUAUAUGGAAAAAUGGAUAUCUUAUCUUCAGAAGAGUUGACAAUGGCGUUCAUGGUAGGUUCUGCAACUCUGCUUCAAAUGGGUGGGGAAGAAGAAGAAGAAGGUUAAUUACAGAAUUGC